AUGGCAGGAGAACAGAAACCGUCCUGCAAUCUUCUAGAGCAGUUUAUUUUACUAGCCAAAGGUACAAGUGGCUCAGCUCUGACUGCUCUUAUAAAUCAAGUGCUGGAGGCUCCUGGGGUUUAUGUCUUUGGAGAGCUAUUGGAGUUAACAAAUGUGCAAGAGCUUGCUGAAGGGUCUAAUGCUGCUUAUUUCCAGUUGCUGAACCUGUUUGCAUACGGAACGUACCCAGACUAUGUAGCAAACAAAGAUAACCUGCCUGAAUUAACAAUGACUCAGAAAAACAAGCUGAAACACUUGACAAUUGUAAGCCUGGCUUCUAGGAUGAAGUGCAUUCCCUAUUCUGUGUUGCUGAAGGACCUGGAUAUGAGGAACCUGCGGGAGCUGGAAGAUCUGAUUAUUGAAGCGGUUUAUACAGAUAUUAUCCAGGGGAAGCUGGAUCAACGAAACCAGGUGCUAGAGGUGGAUUUUUGUAUCAGCAGAGACAUUCAGAAGAAGGACAUCAGUAACAUUGUCAAAACACUCCAGGAAUGGUGUGAUGGUUGUGAAGCGGUUCUUUUAGGAAUUGAGCAGCAAGUACUUAGAGCCAACCAAUACAAAGAGAACCAUCACCGAACUCAACAGCAGGUGGAGAUGGAGGUCACAAACAUAAAGAAAACAUUAAAAGCUACAGCCUCGUCGUCGGCACAGGAGAUGGAACAGCAGCUGGUAGAGCGCGAGUGCCCUCCACACACAGAACAAAGGCAGCCCACAAAGAAGAUGUCCAAAGUCAAAGGGCUGGUCUCCAGCCGCCACUAGAACAUACCAUUUAAAUGUCAUUCAGCUAGGAAUGACAACAGGAGGAGCCAAAAAGGGCCUGUGUCUCCUUUUCCAGUGGGUUCUGGGCCAGUCUCUUCCAGGCUGGCAAGUAAAAGCACUGUUUGAAUACAGCUCCCAGUUAGCAGCACCUGGCUAAGUUACACUGUGCAGCCCCUAUGAAUCUCCAGGUUAUCCCUGCUCUGGGCCUGUAAAGAG